CCCACCAGGGGGGAGACCGGAAAAGAGUGGCCUUUCACAUGCGCACGAUGCUGCACGCGCAGCCAGGCCGUGUUUGUGUGGAACCUUCACACGGACGAGCCGUAUUCGGUGGGGGUUCAAAUGUGUCUUGUUCCAGGUUUGUCCGUGCGGGUCUGUCUGCUACUGCUACAAACCCAAGUGGGCGCAGGGCUCACGAUGUAGCACCGCUAGCCCGGUUAUCCCGUUCGAGGACACAAGAUUUACACACUGACAGAAAAAGCAAAGCAAAAAAAUCUUCUGUCAUUCAUGUCAACUGUGCAAGAUGAGUACAGACAGACCCAAACGGAAUAUCAUCAAAAAAAAAUAUGACAUCAGCGAUGGGAUGCCUUGGUGUGAGGAGCGUCUGGUGCGCAAAGUUCUUUUCCUCUCCCUCAGGGAAUUCAGAGACACACGCCGUGCCACACACGGACACUUACCUGCAAAUGGGCACAAACGCAAGCACGUAUCAAAAGCUCCACUUUCGCUUGAACCACAAAAGUCAAAUCAAAAGCCACAGCAACAAAGAAUCUCACACAGAUUGCAGAAUAUGCAGAAAAAAACACACAGCCUGCAAAACACACAAGAUAAGACAAAACAGCAUAGUGGUCAUACCAACAAAGUGCACAAAUCAAAGUUGUCUCAGGAUACGCAUUCACAAAAAAGCAAAACAACUCAGACAGAAGAGCGCGUUCACACGCAACCAAAACUGUGUCGAGAAAAAACUGUGCAGCACACCAGCUUACAAGAACAUGCGCACAAUAAGGCUGUCUCAACCAGGACAUUACGGUCACGUAAAAUGACUAAUUCAUCAUCCACGUUGACCUCUAAAUACACAAACACUACAAAACAACCACAGAGAAGCCAGCACAAGCACUCGGUCAAAAAUAGGAGGCCGCCCAAGAAUGUACAGCUACUCACGAGGACUCCAGUCGAGGCCGGGAAGAGGUCGCGCUCUCCCAAAGGCAUCAGGGGUUCCAUGGUUAAUGGUCAGUGUCCGUCCUCGCUGUCAGGCAGCUCAAACUGGAGUUGGUCCUUGGAGGCGCGCCCUGAGCACUACCCUGCCAGCCUCUUUUGUGACAAGGACGACCCACAUAGCAGGAGCUUAUGCAGGCCAAGGCUGCAAGCGCAAAGAAAGUUUGCCCAGUCCCCACCCAGCUCUCCUGGUCCACCUCUGAUGUCAUCCACACAGUGUAGACACAACCAUAAACUAGCAGUAGUCACCAGUCUAACAAGACGUCGACCUAAAACCGAGGACUUCCUGUCUUUUCUCUGCCUCAGAGGUUCAGCAGCGUUGCCAAGAAGCAUGGCCUUCUUGAGUGAACAGGAUUUGAAUUCGCAUCUUUCCAUACACUCCCAGAUUGCCGCUGACAGGAAGAACACCAUCAUGCAAACAGAGCGGCCAGAUUGUAGGUCACUGAACUUUGGAGGCUCUGACUCUGCAGAGGGAAGCUCCCUCUGCCAUCUAACUGCCCGGGCACAGCGGAAAAGGGAGAGAGAGAGGAAGGAGGAGACAGGGCAAAGGCUUAAGAAUGAAUGUAUGGAGUCUGGCAGGGGAGAAGACGUUUCAAAACACCACCUGAGACCGAGGCACUUCUCCAUACAGCUCAGAAGAAAUAAAAAGGUCUCCAAGGUUGCCAGAUUUUCUGAACAUAGCACCUCCUUUGUCAGAUCGGUUUCAACUUUGAAGCCUAAAACUAGGGGUGUCAGCCAGCAAUCCUCAAGCCUCAACGAUAAACUAAGUGGCCAACCAGAAGUCAAGAGCAAUCACCUCUCCCAACACAGCAACCACCAGCUGCCUCACAAUCAAUGCCUAACAGUUUGUAAGUUCUACAGAAACCCCAAGACUCUUAGAGGUCUUCAGAACUCAGGAACAAGUCCAAGCAGGGCACCAGCUCAAAUGCCAUUGACUACUAACUUAGCCACCAGACAGCUCAGUGAGACCCCCGGGGUUGUGAGAUUGUCUAGAAGAAGGAGAGGCCUCCCACCAGAUGCUACUCUAGCUCCUCCUAAUCAUUUUUCUACCGACAAUCCGUUAAAGAAGUGCAGACAGCAACAGUCCAAUGGGAAUAUUCAACUUGGUAGUGACUACUAUAACGGUGAGACGGAGGCUAACGAUAAGGAAGAUCUGCAAGUGGAACAUGCUCUCCAUGAGGUACGAAACACCGGUAGCCUUGAUGCGGAGCUUAUACAAGACACACAUAUGGGAGAGCUGAAAUUAGUAAGCGACGGUUAUGUUACCCCAGACACGCAGAACAAAGUUGAUGUUGGAAAAUUGGGUUCGGUGGCAAGCAUCACUCCUCUUGAGGUCAAAGAUAAAUCAGACCUAGGUCCAGUCAGUGAGGUCAUGUGCAGAAAUGUGAGAGAAAAACAGCUACAGAGGAACUUGACAGUGGGGUCAGCUCUCAACUCCAAAACCAUUCCCAGGAUUACAGUUGCUAGGACUGUUAUCAGAGCUGCAGGACACACUACUGUUCCUAAAGCUCUAAUCAACUCAGUGACAUCACCAUAUGUACAUAGCAAGCCACCAGCGAAUAACUCUGCCAAACCUAGUCCAAAGGGAACUAAAACAGGUGCUAGCAAAGACAUUGUCAUGUUUACGUCACCAGCCAGCAGCUGCUUUCUUGAUGAUUCCAAAUGUUCUGCCAUUGACUCUUCCAAGGGCUGGGCCGAUGACUCAACAAAGGAGGGUAGCUGUUCUGUCACUUCCAAGGGCUCGACAAAACGUCUUAGGCAGAUCCAAUCGACUACCUCAACAGUUCAAACUAGGAGCAGUCAGAGAAUCCUUCUCAAGCGCUAACAAACACCUGAUCUGUGGCUGAACAUGUUUACAGAUUCAUUGUUUACUAUAUGUAAUAUUUAAUAUAGAGGAGAUGAUCAUUACUGUACACCCACAGCAUCUAAUGAGUCUGCUUAGGGAGCUGUCUCCAAAAUGAUAUUAAUCAAAUAAAAAAAAGGUCUUUAUUUAUCCAGUCAUCAGUUUUUAUAGACCGGUUUAGGUUCCCUGGUGAACUUGAGCCUUUCCUAGAUGACUUUAGGUGAACGUGGGUUGCACCCUGGACUGGUUUUAGCCAAUCACAGGGCACCCAACCUUUUACUUCACACCUAUGAAGAAGUUAGUCUUCAAUUAACUUACCUUGCAAGGGAACUAAAACAAGAUGCUAGCAAGCAUCGUAUUAUGUAAUAUGAUUAUAGUGUUGAUUCUGUAGUUAUUUUGUUGAAUAAAUAAUACAAUCAAUAAAUCAAUCACGCAUAGCAUUAUAAAAAUAGAGAACAAGUAUUAAAAAGAUGUUUAGAAAAUUGUAGUUUAUAUUCCAAAAAGUUUACGGCAAAGCAUAGUUCUUUAUUGACAGUACGUGUAGCUUACUGUAGGCCCUACUAUGUAGGGGACAGAUCUUGGAAUUGCAAAUUCAAUCAAUGAAACAUCUUUGUAAAUGGAAAAUAUUUGAUACAGCUCUUCUUGUAUUGACUCGCAUUAGAUGGUGCAGGUGUACAAAAUCUGGUGGCCAGUGAGUGAAUUUGAAACCAACACUGGAUAACGCUGUAACAUAGGAUGUUAUGUUCAUGUAUACACUUGUCUGUUCUGAUGUGUGAUUUUUACGUAUAUGUACAGCAAAAAUAAUUUGAGCAAUAUAAUUGUCUUACGUAUUAACUUUAUAUGAAAUUUAUAUAGUGAACAAUCACUAUAACAAAACUGGUUUCAGGUGCUUCCAUGUAAUAUCUCUUUUUGUACCUAAAAAUCACACUACUUUUCUGCCCUUUCAGUUUAAGGGUCCUUACUAGUAUUGGCAUGUUAGUACCACUUAAAAGGUACAGUCCUCUUCAAAAAUAUUGGAACAGCAUGGUCAUUCUCUUUGUUUUGUUGUAUUUAAGACAUUUGGGUUUCUUCACAGCUCUCACCAUCCUUCUGUCAUCCACUGCUCUGUUCGGUACUCUAAUAUUUGUCUGUGCUCAGUACGCUAAUAUUAAUUUUUUUCCUCUGGACAUUCCAAAUUGUUGAACUGGCGAUGCGCAAUUUUUAAAAUGUUCUAAAUGGUUUCCAACCCCCAGCACACACACAAUUGAUUUUCAUUUGCUCAACAGCAAAUGUAGUUUUCACAGGUGAAACCCAAAGAUACCUGAGUAACCAGAAACACCAGUCACACGAGCCAGUAUUUUUGCUGACUUCAAUAGUGAGUGGGUUCUAACAAAAGGUACUCUGUCCUGAAUUGUUUAACAUACCUAAAUGUAAAUACCAUGAAAUAAAAACCGGUAUUCUGAACUUGGAAAAACAACAACAAAGAAACUGACCUUGCUGUUCAAAUACUUUUAGGGAUACUAUGUUGGAAAAGUUCCAGGACUGGUUUUCCAAGAUAUUUUUCCAUUCGAAUGUAUAAGUUUUCCCCCUUGUGUCUUAACGCUCUUUCCCAGCUUUCUCUGCCACAUCUGCCAUCUUAGCAGCAUUCUUCUGGGAUACUCUCAUCAUAGCUAUCUUAAGUCCUCAAAAUGGCUCCUCUUUUUGACCCACUUGAGUUUGGGAAAUUGUAUAUAGAUAUAGAUAUCUAUCUAUAUGAAAAAAAAGGUCUCCGACUACAAGCGGUCCUACCACUGCUCUGGCCUCUUUGCAUGCAUUGAACAAAGCAAAUACCACAUGAUCAUUUUGGAGACAUGUCGGUUUAUCAUCUGGCCCAAAUAGAGGGGAAAAAGUCAUAGUUUGGGCUUGAAAUAUAUGUAUGUCUUUAGUGAGACCCAUCCUGGAACAUUUCUGACACAUCUUUCUGACUCUCAUUGGAAACCUUUUGUUUGACUUCAGUGUGGUAUUGCAAGUGACCACAAAAUCAUCUGCUACAUGACGUGAUGUAAAGUUUGGAUUGUCUUGAGCGAUUUUUUUUGGCAAAGGCAGCUGUACUACCAGCUUGUCAGUAGAACAGGCUUUUUAAACUGUUGCACAUUUCCUUAUCUGUUCAGUGGACAAAUGUGAUGUGCUCAUGAAUAAAAUUGGUCUUUGUA